AUGGCGACACAUUUUGAAGUUUUCGACAAAUUACGAGGUUUGGGAAGGUCUUUGGAUGAAAUCUCAAGCAGUUUACCAGCUGAUGGGGAUGCAGAAGAUACAAACAGAGCUAGAGCAUGCCUUCAACUCAAGGCUUUAUUAACAGAAGCGAAACAUUUUAAGGAGGAAGCAAGUAAAAGCAUUGCUGAUGCCAGGGGCAACUAUAGUUUGGACAGCACUCUAGAACUUUGCAAGAAACAAGCUCAUAAACUAAGGGAGGACAUUGAAAAUCUUGAAAAUCAUCUGGCAAACUAUGGAUAUAAAAUACCAACAGAAAAACUUCCAGAAUUACAAGGGGACUCAUCUGAUGAAGGCUGCAGUGAAGCUGGUGAUCAAUAUGACAGUGAAAGCCCUCAGAGAAGUUCGAGCGACAAGGAAAAUCAAUCGCCAAGGUCCGAGACUGAACAGUCAAAACAAAAUGCACUCUCUGAGCCUGAAGAAGAGUUGCCAAAGCAAAGCCAACCAGAAGAAGUGGACUUCCUUGCAACUCCAGUACGGCCAACCACAGUCACAAAGUUCAUUCAAAACUUUAACCCCCAAAACGGAAACCCUAUCAGCCUUCAAGCCGAUGAAGACUUCCAUCCCCCCAUCACUGUCACCCCCCUCUUGAAAUCCAACCCUGAAAAUUCUGGUUUCAGCACUCCUGAAACUCUGGAAUCACCCGCCCAACCCAUGACCCAAACUCCUAUGAUCAAGGCUGCAAUAAAUUUCGAUUCUCCCAACAAUGUGUCCAGCGAGGAAGAUACUUUUGCUGUCGAGGACUUUCCCACCCCACCUACUUUUGCAACCCCUGGGAUAAAGCGAUAUGGAACAAGGGCUAACAGUGUUGAAACUCCUGUGCAUUAUGAUGCAAUCAGCACACCCUCACCUCCACGUUUUACCAAUGUGAGCAGGUUGAAUCCAGAUGACCUGGUAUUCUCAGGUCCCACCCAGAUUUCCUCUCGAGCUAUUAAACACCCACCAGCAGCAGAACCAGAACUGCCCAGAGAAACAACAUACCAUUUACCAGAUAUCAACUACGAAAUUUACCAGCGGCUUCCUGACAGUAUUCAAAGACAGUUCUCAUUGGAGCAACUCAAUCGACUCAUAAGACAAACUGAUGCUUAUAUCAACACAAGAGGCCAAGACAUGAGUGCAUUGGUAACGGAUGAGGAAUUAAUGUCUGUUUUACAUUUGGGCCCAUUCACCCGUGUUUUUGCUCUUGCAAUGUUGAAACUCGAAUACUUCACAGUAAAGAGGUCUGGCAUAUAUUCUGUGCACAGCAAGAUGGUUGUAUGAUAAUCUGAAGUAAAUCUAAGUGAACAUAUAUUGGUGACAUAUACACAAUAGCCAGGUAUUGAGAAUAUUUCUGAUACAUUUCCCAGUAAGAAAACUAACUUUAUUGAACUUGAUGGCUCCACAUAUCAGUUCCAAACUGUUUUUCCUAGAGGUCCAGUAAGGAUCAUCUCUUAUUGAUCCAGUGUUACUAC